AUGAGUCUCAAUUGCCUUACAUGCCAAGCGCAGAGAAGGGAAGAUUUAGACUUGGACUAUGGCUGUAUUGAUGAAGAAGAAGGGCCUCACAAUUUGCGUUGUGUCAUUGUAGAUAGGAACUGGUCAGGCCCUUCGGCCGCACCAUCCUAUGAGCACAUAUCUAGAAGUGGGCCUCUUGGGCUUCACAUGAAGAAGGCGAAAAAGGGCCACCGCCGGCUGUGGGGCACUGCGGCCUCCUCCUUUCGCAAGAAGCCGAUGGCGGGCUCGGGGGAGGCGAGGCUGGUGCGGAGUAGCGGGAUGAGGAGGGAUUGGAGCUUCGAGGAUUUGAGAAAGAUGAGAGAUGGGAAGAGCAAGAACAGGAGAUAA